AUGAACAACGAAAAAACACCUUAUUAUAUUGAUUACGAUGAUUAUUCAUUUCAAAAUAAAGAAAAAAUAAUAUUUGACACAUCAGUUAUGGAACAAUAUAUGAGCAUGAGUCUGUCAAAAUCUUUUGAAGAUCAACAUAAUCAAUUAGAAUUACCACCAUUGACAUUUUGUUAUUUAUUAAAACCAGGUGAGGAUGUUAUCAAAGUAGAUGGAUUAGAAAUUAAUCAAAUGGGAGACCCUGGAUUAAAAUUUCAAGAAUAUAUCCUCCAACAUAUAGAACCAUCUAAAUCAUAUGAAAUAGCAAUUUGCCAAUCAAUUGGAAGAAGAGGAAAAAUGGAAGAUACUGUUGUUGUAGAUUGUUCAAGUAUAGAAGGAACUGAUAUUAUUGGAGUAUUUGAUGGACAUAAUGGAAAGGAUGCAGCUUAUUUAUGUACUGAACAAUAUAUUAAAACUUUUAAAGAAAAUGAAGGGACUUUUGAAGCAAAACUUAUUAAAACUCAUAAACAAUUACAUGACAAAUCAUGUGAAACAAGUAAAUCUGGAACAACUUCAACAGUUGCAUUUAUUGAUAAAGACACUAUACGAAUUGCUUAUUGUGGAGAUUCUCCUGCAUAUAUAUAUAAAAACAAUAAAAUUAAAAAAAUUACUAAAGAACAUAAAGCAACAAAUAGUGCUGAAGUAGAACGUAUUGAAAUGAAUGGAGGAGUUGUAUUUGGUAUGUUUGGAGUUAAAAGAGUUAAUGGACAAAUUAUGGUAACCCGAAGUAUUGGAGAUCCUUCUCUUCAUCCACCAUUAACAACUGAACCUGACUUUAUUAAACUAGAAAAAAAAGGUAUUGAAUUAUUAUUUUUAAUGAGUGAUGGAAUUACUGAUGGUGUAACUGAGAAAGAAUUAGAAGAUAUUAUUAGUAAGAGUGGAGGAAUGUUUAAUAUAGCUUUUGACACAUUAAAACUAGCAUAUGUAAAUGAGAGUAGUGACAACUUAACUUUUAUUGUAAUAAAAAUCAAUUAA